AUGGGCGUACCUCUGCUCGAUCCAGGAGCGAGCUCGCCUCAAAAAGAAGUAAGUCAGUACGUGCAACAAGACCCGUACGCUGCAGCACCAGAAGGUCCUCAGCCAAGACGGUACAAGACCAUGAAACGCGUCGAACUAUACAAUGGUAACUUGGUGCUAGACUGUCCUGUGCCUAAGAAGCUGCUCGAUACUCUCCCGAUUCGAGAUGGGCGGGAAUUUACUCAUAUGCGAUAUACCGCAGCUACAGGUGACCCGUCUGAAUUCAAAUCAAAGCUCUUUACGCUGCGACAAGCAUUGUAUCACCCACCAAGGCAGACUGAGUUGUUCAUCGUCAUCACCAUGUACAACGAGAAUGAAAUCUUAUUUGCGCGGACCAUGCACAGCGUGAUGAAGAAUAUCGCACAUCUAUGCUCGCGUGACCGCAGUCGUGUCUGGGGCAAGGAAGGCUGGCAAAAAGUAGUGGUCUGCAUCGUGAGCGAUGGCCGAAGCAAAAUCAACCCGAGGACAUUGUCUUAUCUCGCAGCUAUGGGUGUCUACCAGGAAGGUAUUGCCAAGAAUGUUGUCAACAACGAACCUGUUACUGCGCAUCUUUACGAGUACACAACGCAAAUCAGUAUCAAUGCAGAUUUGACAUUCAAGGGCGCCGACAGGGGUAUUGUGCCCGUGCAAGUGCUAUUUUGUCUCAAGGAGAAGAACCAAAAGAAGAUUAAUUCCCACCGAUGGUUCUUUCAAGCCUUUGGGCCAAUUUUGAAUCCAAAUGUCUGUGUCUUGCUCGAUGCCGGAACCCAGCCUGGUGACAAGAGUAUCUACCACCUCUGGAAGUCCUUUGACCUCAACUCGAAUGUCGCAGGCGCUUGUGGCGAGAUCGUUGCCAUGAAGGGUAAGUACGGUAAGAAUCUGCUCAACCCACUCGUUGCUGCUCAAAAUUUUGAGUACAAGAUGAGUAACAUCCUGGACAAACCACUCGAGUCAGUCUUUGGCUUUAUUUCUGUGUUGCCCGGCGCCUUUUCUGCAUAUCGCUAUAUUGCACUUCAAAACGACUCACAAGGCCAAGGUCCGCUCAAGCAGUACUUUAAGGGCGAAACGAUGCAUGGCGCUAAUGCUGGUAUUUUUGAAGCCAACAUGUACCUCGCUGAAGACCGCAUCUUGUGUUAUGAGCUGGUGGCAAAGCGCAACUGUGCCUGGAUAUUGCACUACGUCAAGAGCGCAUAUGCAGUCACAGAUGUGCCUGACGAAUUGCCGGAGCUCAUCUCACAGCGGCGAAGAUGGCUGAAUGGAUCCUUUUUUGCUGCCAUCUAUGCCUUGUGGCAUACCUUCUCUAUUUGGCGCUCUGAUCAUGGCUUCUUUCGCAAAAUCUUCUUCCACAUUGAAUUCUUGUACCAGGCCAUCUCUAUGCUCUUUUCGUGGUUCGGCUUGGGUAACUUCUUCAUUGCCUUCACUAUUCUUGCCAAAGCACUUGGUGACAAUAAAUGGACUACAGGCGUCCACAUCGGCCAAAAGAUCUUUGCUCCAGGCGCUGUCCUGUACUCGGUCUGUACCUGGAUCUACGCAGCGUUGAUUGUUAUGUGCUUUGUGCUAUCGCUCGGCAACCGUCCUCAAGGCUCGAAAUGGGCUUACAUGGUCACAAUGUCCUUCUUUGCGCUGCUCAUGGGAUACAUGCUCUUUGCAGCUGGAUUCUUAUCUUAUGUUUCUAUUACCAACUUUAUUGCCCUCAACCCGACAAAGACAACCUUUUUCGCAGCCAUCAAACGUGAUCCGCUCUUCUACCAGCUCUGCAUUUCACUCUUGUCAACGUAUGGCUUGUAUCUUGUGGCUUCUAUUCUAUAUUUUGAGCCCUGGCACAUGUUCACGUCAUUCAUUCAGUAUCUGCUCAUCUCGCCAUCCUACAUCAACAUUCUCAAUGUAUAUGCAUUUUGCAAUACCCACGACAUUUCUUGGGGUACCAAAGGUGAUACUGGCAUCAAGACUGAUUUGGGUGUUGUGAAUGUGAAGAAGGACGGCAGUACUGUUGAAAUUGCAGUACCGACCAGCGACACGGAUAUUGACGCAGCAUACAUGCAAGCCAUCAAGACACUUGAGCUCAAAGAGGCAGAGAAGAAAAACAAACGAUCCGCUGAGACGAAGCAAGAAGAUUACUACAAGUCCUUUCGCACGCGUGUCGUCCUUGCCUGGAUCUUGUCGAAUGGUGCGUUGAUUGGACUCGUCCUUGGCAUCGGUGGUGUCAGUCAAAUCACAGCUGCUUCGCAAUCUACUGCAUCGAGCGGCACCAGUAUCUAUCUCGGCAUCAUCUUCUGGAGCGUUGCAGGACUCUCCUUGUUUCGGUUCAUUGGCUGUGUCUUUUAUUUGGUGGUACGCUUAUUCAAUGGCGAAUAA